ACAGACCUUGUUCGCCAGUGCAGACACUGCCUACGUGUUGGCCUACUCCAUCAUCAUGCUCACCACAGACCUGCACAGUCCUCAGGUGAAGAACAAAAUGACGAAGGAGCAGUACAUCAAGAUGAACCGCGGCAUUAACGACAGCAAGGACCUGCCCGAGGAGUACCUGUCGUCCAUAUACGACGAGAUCGCGGGCAAGAAGAUCGCCAUGAAGGAGAGCAAAGAGUUUUCAAUCACACCCAAGUCCACCAAGCAGAGUGUGGCCAGCGAGAAGCAGCGCCGGCUGCUUUACAACAUGGAGAUGGAGCAGAUGGCGAAGACGGCGAAGGCUCUGAUGGAGGCGGUCAGCCACGCUCAGGCUCCGUUCUUCAGCGCCACACACCUGGAGCACGUCAGGCCCAUGUUCAAGCUGGCGUGGACUCCUCUGCUGGCGGCGUUCAGCGUCGGACUGCAGGACUGUGACGACCCCGAGGUGGCCUCGCUGUGUCUGGAGGGCAUUCGCUGUGCCAUCAGGAUCGCCUGCAUCUUCAGCAUGCAGCUGGAGCGAGAUGCGUACGUUCAAGCCUUGGCCAGGUUCACUCUGCUGACCGCCAGCUCCAGCAUCACGGAGAUGAAGCAGAAGAACAUCGACACCAUCAAGACUCUCAUCACUGUGGCCCACACUGACGGGAACUACCUGGGCAACUCCUGGCACGAGAUCUUGCGCUGCAUCAGUCAGCUGGAGCUCGCCCAGUUGAUCGGCACCGGGGUGAAGACGCGCUACAUCUCAGGGGUGGUCCGCGACAGGGAGGCCGGCAUCAGGGGCUUACCAUCGGGGACGGAGGAGUUCAUGCCUCUGGGGCUGGGUAACCUGGUGGGGAGUCAGGACAAGAGGCAGAUGGCUCACAUCCAGGAGUCGGUCGGAGAGACCAGCUCCCAGAGUGUGGUGGUCGCUGUGGAUCGGAUCUUCACCGGCUCCACCAGACUGGAUGGGAAUGCGAUCGUGGACUUCGUGCGGUGGCUGUGCGCCGUGUCCAUGGACGAGCUGGCGUCGGCGCACCAGCCGAGGAUGUUCAGCCUGCAGAAGAUUGUGGAGAUCUCCUACUACAACAUGAACCGCAUCAGGCUGCAGUGGUCUCGCAUCUGGCAGGUCAUAGGAGACCACUUCAACAAGGUCGGCUGUAACCCCAACGAAGACGUCGCCAUCUUCGCCGUGGACUCGCUGAGGCAGCUCUCCAUGAAGUUCUUGGAAAAGGGGGAGCUGGCAAACUUCCGCUUCCAGAAGGACUUCCUCAGGCCUUUCGAGCACAUCAUGAAGAAGAACAGGUCCCCCACUAUCAGAGACAUGGUGAUCAGGUGUGUUGCUCAGAUGGUGAACUCGCAGGCGGCAAACAUCCGCUCAGGUUGGAAGAACAUCUUCUCAGUGUUUCACCAGGCCGCCUCCGACCACGACGAGACCAUCGUGGAGCUGGCCUUCCAGACCACCGGGCACAUCGUCAUGAACACCUUCCAGGAGCACUUUGCAGCUGCUAUCGAUUCGUUCCAGGAUGCAGUGAAGUGUUUGUCGGAGUUUGUGUGCAACGCAGCGUUUCCCGACACCAGCAUGGAGUCGAUCAGACUCAUCCGACACUGUGCUAAAUACGUCUCUGACCGCCCUCAGGCCCUGAGGGAGUACACCAGCGAUGACAUGAACGUCGCCCCUGGCGACCGGGUGUGGGUCCGCGGCUGGUUUCCCAUCCUGUUUGAACUUUCCUGCAUCAUCAACCGCUGCAAGCUGGACGUCCGGACCAGAGGCCUCACGGUCAUGUUUGAGAUCAUGAAGAGUUACGGCCACACCUUCGAGAAGCACUGGUGGCACGACCUCUUCCGAAUCGUCUUCCGCAUCUUCGACAACAUGAAGCUUCCCGAGCAGCAGACGGAGAAAACCGAGUGGAUGACGACGACGUGUAACCACGCCCUGUACGCCAUCUGCGACGUGUUCACCCAGUUCUACGAGCCGCUCAGCGAGAUCCUGCUGGCCGACAUCUUCACGCAGCUCCAGUGGUGCGUCAGGCAAGACAACGAGCAGCUGGCCCGGUCGGGGACCAACUGUCUGGAGAACCUGGUGAUUCUGAACGGGGAGAAGUUCAGCCCCGACGUCUGGAACAUCACGUGCUCCUGCAUGCUGGAGAUCUUCCAGAACACCAGCCCUCACGCGUUGUUGACUUGGCGACCGGCUGGACAGGACGAGGAAGCUGUCGAUGGGAAGCACUUUGACGCUGACUUCGACAGUCUGUCCCAGAGCAGCUACGACAGAGCUCUGUCCGAGAGAGGACACAGCCAGAUGUCCAGCGACGACACCUGGAAGGGGAAAUCUAACGCCAGAGUUUCGGACCAGAAGCUGUUUGCAGGGCUGCUGAUUAAAUGCGUGGUGCAGCUUGAGCUAAUCCAGACCAUCGACAACAUCGUGUUCUACCCGACAACCAGCAAGAAGGAGGACGCUGAGAACAUGGCUGCUGCACAGCGAGAUGCUCUGGAGGAGUCGGAGGCUGAGGGAGGCGAGUCGGGUCCGGACCAGGGCAUGUACAGGCACAUGACGUCCGCUCACCUCUUCAAGCUGCUGGACUGUCUGCUGGAGUCGCACACCUUCGCCAAGGACUUCAACUCCAACAACGAGCAGAGGACGGCGCUCUGGAGGGCAGGAUUUAAAGGGAAAUCCAAGCCCAACUUGCUGAAGCAGGAGACCAGCAGCCUCGCCUGCAGCCUGAGGAUCUUGUUCAGGAUGUAUUCUGACCGGCAGCUGCAGGACUCAUGGCCCGACAUCCAGACACGCCUGCUGCUGGUUUGCAGCGAAGCUCUGGCCUACUUCAUCAGUCUGACCUCAGAGAGCCACCGAGAGGCCUGGAACAGUCUGCUGAUGCUGCUGCUGACCCGGACGCUACGACUGCCCGACGACAAGUUUAAGCCCCACGCCUCCUGCUACUACCCCCAGCUGUGUGAGAUGAUGCAGUUCGACCUGAUCCCUGAGCUGCGAGCCGUCCUCAGGCGCUUCUUCCUGCGCAUCGGCUCCGCCUUCCACAUCGCUGCCCCCGAGGCGGCGCCGACCCGGACUCCCACCUCCUAGGAAGGGUGGAAAAGAUGGCGGACACACUUAAGAGACUUCCCCCCCCUCCUCCUCUUCUAAACUGGAUCAGACCACAGGUGGGGCUGCGACGUGAGGACGAAGGUGACGACGACUGUAGCUUCUCUUGUCUCAGUUCAAGACUCUGCGUUCAAGUGUUCGGCUUCUCUGCGGCUCGUAGGAGAAGCCUUCCCUCCCUUCCUCCUGUCGGGGAUGAACAGCACUGUGACCAGCGCUCUCUGCUGACUGUUGUCAUUCAUCGUCCCCGCCGCCCUCCGACUCUCAUCUCGAUGACCAGAAAAGAACUGUAGACGAAUAAUUUAUUGUUCUUGUUGCAAACCCUGUAUCUGAUUUUGAAGGUUUGUUUUUCUGUUUUUUGUUUUUUAAAUGCUUAACAGAGACGUAUAUCUACAUGGUGAAGAGCAAAUACCUUUGAAUUUGAUGAACUAUUCUUACAUCUUGUGAAAAUUCCUCUUUUUGGCCACUUGUGCCUGUUGGAAAAUGGUGAUCUAAUCAGAACAUGUUCCCACCCCGAAGCGUUGCUUGUGACUUUAGCGUUCCCUCUCGUGCUAUUAGGGUUUUGCGGUUGUUAAAGAAAGCUGCAGGUGAGCUCGAUCUGCAUCUUUUACGACACUAUCAAAGACAUCUCCUGGGUUUUUUUGUUGUUGUUUGUGACGUUUCUGCGACACAACCGUCCUGUCGUGCUUCAUCGUUUCUUGCCUGUCAAUGAGAUUUUGCUUAUUUAUUUUGUUGAUUUAUGAUUGUUGUUUUGCAGGAUAAUUGCUGGUUUACAAUGAAAGGUUGGCGACUUCCCUCUGCCACGCAUUCCUGAGAGUGUUGACCCAGUAAGCCUUACGCUGGGAUCACAAAAAAAACCCACCGCCGAUCCACCGAUUGGCCCUGAAGGUGGCGCAGCGGUUGCCUAAAUCCCACGGUCUUUUGCACACGUGUUUCCGACAGUCUGCUCAUGUAUUAACGCCGCCCGGACUGGACGGCCGGAUCAGUGUUGACACCCUUCUCCACAUUAGAUCUCCGCAGAAAAAGGUUCAGGAACAGAGCGAAACCAAAACUCGCAUCCACGGAGAUCCUGAAAAUCUCUGCGUCCUGGAUCCCUCCUAGUUCGUUCCCUGCCUUUUUUUUAAAAAAGAAGAAGGAUGUAUGUAAUUAUUUAAAGUGCAUUUAAAUAUUUUUUGAGAAGCAUUCCUUCCCUCGCAACUAUGGAUGUCUACUUUUCUUCCCUGACGCUAAGGGAAUAUAUAAAUAUAUAUAAAUAUAUAUAUACAGUAAAUGAAAAAAAAAAUGCAGACUGUAAAGUUUUCAAUGUAAGAUACAUAGAAAUGAAAGUGCUAUAUGGUUCUAUACAUAAUAUUGUGAUGUAAUCUUCCAAGCAUUUGGUGAAGUAAUCAAUAAACCUGAAUUCUGAUCCACU